AGAGGGAGACAGAAAGAGAGAGAGAGAUAGAGAGAGAGAGGGAGAGAGAGAGUGGGUGGUGCAAGAAGUCGACAAGAGAUAGAGCAACAAACUGAUUCUCUCAUCAGAAAAGGAGACUAACAGAGAGAGAGUGAGUGAGAGAGAGAGAGAGAGAGAGAGAGAGAGAGAGAGAGAGAGAGAGAGAGAGAGAGAGUGAGAGGGAGAGAGAGAGAGAGAGAGAGAAAUGCUGAGAUGAACGUACGCCACACGUGGAAAUACAUCGGACUGAAGAUAAACUAAGUGUGUGUGUGUGUGUGUGUGUGUGUGUGUGUGUGUGUGUGUGUGUGUGUGUGUGUGUGUGUGUUUGUGUGUGUGUGUGUGUGUGUGUGUGUGUGUGUGUGUCUGUGUCUGUGUGUGUGUGCAUGUGUGUGGUGAUAACCGGACCCUGGAUGUAAUCACACACUCGCCGAACCUCCACUCGGGGUCGUCAGAGGAAACUGCAGAUCAAAGAGAGCGAGGGGGGCGGGACUUCCUGCGGACAGGAAGUCUGACUUGUAGGCGUGGCCCCGGGCUUGGUCACAUGACCCAUGGCGUUCAACAGCAUCUUCGGAGCCCAGACUUCGCCAUGCCAACGGGAAAACGACCCCGCCCCUGGUCGGCGGUUCAGCCCCCCCUCCACCACCCUCUCCUCCGGGGGUAAGAUGUCUGAGGCCCUGCCUCUCGGAGGCCAGGAGGCCGGAGGUGGAGCCGCCCUGGUGGGCAAAAUGCGGAUGGUUGACCGUGGCAUGGUAGAGGUGAUAUCCGACCACCCUGGUGAGCUGGUGCGGACGGACAGUCCGAACUUCCUGUGCUCCGUGCUGCCCACCCACUGGCGCUGCAACAAGACCCUCCCCAUCGCAUUUAAGGUGGUUGCCCUGGGCGACGUCCCCGACGGCACCCUGGUGACGGUGAUGGCGGGGAACGACGAGAACUACUCUGCCGAGCUGCGGAACGCCACGGCCGCCGCCAAGGCCGGGGUGGCGCGCUUCAACGACCUGCGCUUUGUUGGCCGCAGCGGGCGAGGGAAGAGCUUCACCCUGACCAUCACCGUGUUCACCAGCCCCCCCCAGGUGGCGACCUACCAGAGGGCCAUCAAGAUCACCGUGGACGGCCCCCGGGAACCCAGACGCCACAGACAGAAGCUGGACGAGGUGAAGGCGGGGUCUCUGGCGUUCUCCGAGCGGCUCUCUGAGCUUGAGCAGCUGAGGCGGAGCUCCAUGAGGGUAUCGCCCCCCCACGGCCUCUCCCACCACCACGGCCACGCCCACCACCACGGCCACGCCCACCACCACCAUCACCACGCCUCCUCGGUCAAUAGUCGCCCUGCCCCUGGUGGGCUAGGCUCUGCCCCCUUCUCAAGCCAAUCACACGCACAGAUCGCAGAAUCCAGGCAGAUGCAGUCGUCUCCGCCCUGGUCGUACGACCAAUCGUAUCCUUACCUGGGCCAGAUGACCACGCCCACAGUCCACUCGGCCACGCCCCUCUCCCCCAGUCGCUCCUCCCUCAGCGAGCUGUCCUCGCGGCUCACCGGCCCCGACCUCGCCGUCUCCGACCCCCGCCUCUCCCUCGAUCGCCCCUUCCCCUCGCUGAACGACGCCCGCUGCUUCGCCGACCCACGGCCCCCCUUGCACUACCCCCCCGGGCUCCGCCUCCUUUGCCUAUGCCCCGCCCACAAUGCCGUCACCAUGGCGACGGCCAGAGCGGCGCCUGGCCGCUACCACCCCUACCUGGCCCCGCCCCCCUACCCUACUAACCACGUUCCCUCCCAGGGAGGCGGGGCCUUCCAGGCCACGCCCACCCCCUACCACCUGUACUACUCCGCCGCCGCUGGCUCGUACCAGUUCUCCGUCAUGGCAGGAGGUGGCGGAGCCGGGGGUGGGUCUGGAGGGGGCGGAGACUCGUCGAGGUCGCCGCCCCGUCACGCCUCCACAGGCUCCGCCCUCCUGCACCCCUCGCUGCCCAAUCAGAGCGAGGGGCUGGGCGUGGAGGCGGAGUCGUCGGGGCACAGCGGCUCGCCGGCCAGCAUGGUGGCGGCCGAGGCCGUGUGGCGGCCAUAUUGAGGAGAGCACAUCGGCCGGUGUGGCGGCCAUAUAAGAAGGCUUGGUUGCCGUGGGGCGGCUUUAUAGAGGAGGGCACUGUG